CAAAGCAAUCUCGAACAACUUUCCCAAUCACCAGAUCCUGGAACGGUCUGUGCGCUUUCAGAAGUUUCUAUUACAAAUCUCGUUAGCGACCAACUAUCGGAUCCACUAGCUGAAACAGAUAAUCAGCUUUCGCCGAGCAAAAAGUCCAGCAGCUCGGACAGUCUUCUAGGUGUUGAAGAGACUCUCCAAUCAUUAUACAAAAUGGCAGAAGACUUUGCCAAUGAGGACUUGGAAGCGGCAGAUUUUACAGAUACUGAACAUGAUGGGUCAGAAGAGGGCGAUGAUGAACUUAAAGACGUCGAAGAAAUGAUUCAGCAGGCCUCAGAGGAGCUUCAGAAAGUCGCCGAUGAAAACCAGAGACUGAUUACAACUCUAGAUGAAGGAGAAGAUGUAGUAAAUGUUACCAAUCCAGAAGAAGGAGAGAGCGACGAACCCAAACAACCGUUAGGAGAAGGUCUUGCAGAGGAGAAAUCAGAAAGAUUCAGGCAAAUCUGCAGCCUCCUCAAAAAGCAUCCGAACUGUGCGCGUUGUUCAGUGCUUUCGGCGGAGCUAGGUGCAGCAUACACCACCAACAAACCCCUUAGGUGGUCACUGGUGGUAAAUCACAUGAAUAGUGACCAUCCCAGCGCAACGCGACGAAGAACCGUGCAAGCGCAAGUCGGUACCGUACCGAUUCAAAAGCGCAAAUUUGAAGCGAUUCCAAUAGCCCGUAAAUUGAGUCAAAGCUAUAACAUGCAAGAGAAACUCGUCAACGAAAAUGCCAGUUUAGAAGACACGAGAUAUCGACUUCAAUCGAACUUAAUUGACAAAGAUCGCACUGUAGAGUGUCUUCAGCGUCAACUGUGCAGCCUGCAGACCGAAAUGCGCAUGGUGCACCAGGAAAACGUGGUUUUGAACGAAAAACUGCAGCAUUGUCCAAACGCUUCAUGUCCCAAAAACUCAAGGUCCAAUUCUCCUACUCGAGAAGGUGGAGGAACAGGAGUGAAAAUGUCAUGUGGACCUGGCAAAGGACUUUGUCCCGCAGAUGUGGAGAACCGCCUGCAAGAGUAUUCGCAGACUACUAAUCAGUUGGAAAAGCAACUAGUUGAUGUCGAACAAGAUGUAAAAAUCAUUCAGCAGGAACUUUUGGAGGUUCAGAAAGAGCGAGAACAUUUGGAACAUCAUCGGAAAAUGCUGGCAUUGUCUCCCCCAUGCCACCCAUCGCCGUGUCCAUCACCUUACCCUUCGUGUAAACCUUACCCACCAUGUGGCCAUCCACCUUGCCCAACAUUACCCUGCUGCCCCUCAGAAGCGUCGGGUGAAGACCAGCCAUUCAAAGAAAUGAAGGAGAAGUAUGCGAGACUGCAGGAGGACUUUAAAGCCAAACUGACUGAAGUUGCGGGCUUACGUGCGGACAAUGAAAAAUUAAAGGAAUUAGCAGACAAGGCUGAGGAAAAUCGCGCGAAAUUGGAUAUGAAGGUUAAAGAGCUUGAAAAGAAAUUGAAAGAGCUUAGAGGAGACGCAGGAGAUAAGGGUAUAGGGUCAAGAGAGCAGCUAAUAGACCUCCAACAGCAAUUGAAAGUACACAAAGAACUCUAUAGGCAAGCACAAGAUGAACUAGAAGAGUUACGUGCGCUUGUGGAAGACAUUCAAGGUCAACUUAACGACUAUCGUAAUAAGUACCUAGAAGCAAUUCAAACAAUAGAAGAGCAACGUCGUCAAAUUGAAAUAAUGCGAAUGGAAAAUAACCGAAUCAGUGAACAAGUCAAUCUUGAAAUUGUUCGAGUGAAAAAUCAGUUUCAGGAAAAAUUACAGGAAUUGGCGCCGUUGCCUGACAUUCUGAAAGCCACCCAAGUCAAGCUACAAGAAGCACAACAAAUGCAUUUAUUGGCCGAACGCAAUAAUGAAGCUAUGAACAGAGAGUUGCAGUCGUACAAAGACAAACUUAAGGUCAUUAUGGACGAGAUGGCCUUGGCAGACGACGACAAAGCCACAGGGGCGGGUGAAAAAGACAUUCUCGCAAAGAGACUCAAAGAAAUGGAGAGCGCAUUACAGGAAGCUCGAGAUGAAAACGGAGAACUGCUCAUGGAAAUUGAACAAAUUCGCGAGACAGCAGAUGAAAACAAGCGUAUGGCUGAUGAAAAGCUACACGAAAUUGCUCAACUCGAAACUCAGUUAGAGUCCGUACGUGAGGAGAGCGCCCGCCAAGUCACACGCAUUAAAGACCGAUGCGAAAUCGUGCGAAAAUCUACCCAAAAUCAGGUCUCGGAUCUCGAGCGCCAGUUAGCCCAGACGCGUGCCUGUGCAAAACAAGCGGAAAAAGAGCGUGACGACGUACGGCAAAAGAUGCAGUUGCAAAUUCGAAAUCUCAACGAAAACUUUGAAGACGCUCAAAUGCGUAUUCGAAAUUUGCAGGUGAGUCCUUCAUAAUCAUCAUCAUCAUUU